UCCUUCUCGAAUCUAUGUGUUCUUUGUACACAAAGAGAGAGAGAGAGAGAGAGAGAGAGAGAGAUAGAAGUAGUAUAUUUCAUGGGUUCUCUUUUGGUUGUUUAAAGAUUAAAACUUCAACUAAAUCUGAUUUCAUUUUUGUUCGAUCUUGGUUGUUGUUCUUCAUCAUCAUCCUCUCAAAGAUCUGGCGCUUCGAUGGUAAUUUGGGUCCUGAGCACAUGGAUUCUUCUUCAUUUCAAGAAAGUGAAUGCAUCGAGUCUUCUAAACCGAAUGGUUUGAAUGUAAGUGAACGGAGAGAACUGAUCCACGCAUUGUCUAACCAGCCUGAAGAAGCUUCGGAGCUUUUGCAUUCGUGGAGCAGAAAUGAGAUCAUGAAGAUCAUAUGUGCUGAGAUGGGUAAAGAGAGGAAGUACACUGGUUUAGCCAAACCAAAGCUUAUUGAGAAUCUACUAAAUCUUGUGUCUCGUCCCCUGGGGGAGACUUCUUGUUCUGAUCGUAGAAACUCUAGAAAGAAGCAGAAGAAGACCAUCGGUUAUAUUAUUUGCUGUGAGAAUUUAGCUUGUAGGGCUGCUCUAGGAAGCGAUGAUACGUUUUGCAAAAGGUGUUCUUGCUGCAUCUGUCAAAAGUUUGAUGAUAAUAAGGAUCCUAGUCUAUGGCUGACUUGUGAUGCUUGUGGAUUGUCUUGUCAUCUUGAAUGUGGUUUGAGGCAAGAUAGUUAUGGGAUUGGGAGUGAUGAUCUUGAUGGUAGGUUUUAUUGCUCAUAUUGCGGCAAAGAUAAUGACUUGCUCGGAUGCUGGAGGAAACAAGUGAAGGUGGCGAAAGAGACGCGGCGUGUUGAUGUACUUUGUUACCGUCUUUCUCUAGGACAGAAGCUGUUGAGAGGUACAAGGAAGUAUUGCAAUCUGUUGGAACUCAUGGACGAGGCAGUGAAGAAGCUCGAGGGUGAUGUGGGUCCGUUGUCCGGUUGGGCGAUGAAGAUGGCUCGAGGUAUAGUCAAUAGACUUUCUUCGGGGUCACAAGUUCAGAAGCUGUGUUCUCUGGCAAUGGACGGUCUGGACAAAAUGGUCUCACCAUCAGAAUCUGUUUCAGGACAAGGUGACAAGAUGAGCGCGAGAGUAGAAGAGAUUCAAGCAAAAUCAGUCACUGUGAGAUUAGACUCCGAGGGCCCGUCUUCUUCUUUGCAAAACCGGAUAACGGGUUUCAAGAUGUUCUGUCGAAAGUUGAAGGAAGAAGAGUCCUCAUCUCAGGUGAAUUCUGUUGUUUAUCUACCUGAGACAAGGUCUACCAUCCACGGACUUGAACCGGAAACCGAGUUCUGUCUCAGAGUCGUGUCCUUUAACGAAGAUGGUGAGUUAGAUGAGUCUGAGCUGAGGUUCUCAACGUUGAAGGAUGAUGGAGAAGAAACUGGGGACCAGCAAAGCCCUUUAACAAACUCAAGUAGUGGCCUUUGUAGUAAUCCAUCUUUGCCCGAAGAUGAUUCUAAUAGCGUGUCUAAAAGCUGCAGCAAAGAAAAUGGUGACAAGGACAACGUUGAACACUGUAGUGCAGGAGAAGUAGAAUCUGAGCUUGACGAGCAGAGGCUCGCAAAAAGGAAAGCUAACAAGAUAGAUGGAAGAGACUUGCUUACAACGCCCUCCAAGAGAGAUACUUUUAAGGGAAAGCAAGGAGUGAAUAAAAGAUGCAAAUCAAGAACAGUAUCUGUGAACAAGAAACCUGAGAUCAGUAAUGCCGCAAAUGGAAUAGGAUAUGAAGACUUGGGUCAUAUUGUUAAGACGAUUAGAUGUUUAGAGCAAGAGGGACAUAUAGACAAGAGUUUUAGGGAAAGGUUCUUGACAUGGUAUAGCUUAAGGGCUACUAACCGAGAAGUUAGAGUUGUGAAGAUCUUUGUUGAGACCUUUAUGGAGGAUCUUUCUUCUUUGGGGGAACAGCUUGUGGAUACAUUUUCAGAAAGCAUACUUAAGAUAUCAUCGAAACCUGGAGUUGUACCUGCUGGAAUCUGCCUCAAGCUCUGGCAUUAAAGCUUUUGACAUCGGCCUUCUUAUCAAUUUGUUUGAUAUUCGUAACAAUAACGAUAUUUUUGGAGUGAAGUUACUUAAGUACGCAAGUGCCAGUUUGUUUCUGA